AUGAGGAAGAUUUGGCGCAACAGCUUACUCAUCUAUGUGGAUAAAAUUGGAGUGGCUGUCCGUGAAUUCAAAAUAACUGCCGGCCGGAAAGGACAACCUGGUUACAUAGCGGGUGUAGAUCAAAAACUGAAAGUCAAGGAAGAAAAAGUGCGGGAACGCACUACAAUGGAAAUUAACAGGAUAAAAAGAACUUGCGGAGAAAUGGAACGACAAAUCGCUGCUCAUCUGAUUGCUAUGUCAGAAACUGAGGAUUCAACAUCAAGCCGGCAAGAAAGCGAUGGACAUUUUUUUUCUGACACCGUUCAGCAAAAAUUAGCCAGAGCAGCAACCGCAAACGUUCCAGAAAAUCGAGUAAAAAUGGAAGUUGAUUCUGGGAAAGACCCUGCAGGUGAGCCCGCAGUGAACCAUGGCAUUUUGAAGGAAUCUACGGAGAUGAUCUGUGAAGAAUAUGAGAGGCCCGGCGAAUCGGAAGCGGAUGAUAUAAAAUCCGAAGUUAACCAAAUCGAAGAGAAAAAAUCUAAUAACAAUGUCACAACAAAACCUGUGGAGAGAGAAGGCAACUGUUACUGUGGAAAGGACAGAAAUCUGAACAUCGUAGAACUCCUCUGUGCCAGCUGUGUGCGUUGGUUUCAUGAAUCUUGCAUUGGAUACCAACUUGGUAAAUUGGUCCCGUUUAUGAUGAAUUACUUUUUUGUUUGUAAAAACUGUUCUCCAACUGGACUGGAAAGCUUCAAGAAGAAUCAGGCAGAGGUGCUCUUGCUUAAGAUUCAUCGGGCGUUAAUGAAGGAUGUCGGUACUUUGUUCCUGUGUGAGGAAGCUGCUGGUGAAAAUACAUUGACGUUAUACGGUCUUUUGAAUCCUGAACUGACUCACAUCAAACCCAACUACGAAGCUAUGAUACGUGGUGGGCACUUGAAGGUGACGGACAUGGGAAUCCAACAUGGUGGCAGCGUCAAGGGCAGGAGCGCCAAGCGCAAGUUCCCCGGGGAGCAGGGCUCCGGCGGCGGCAAGAAGGGGCGCGGCGCCGAGGUGAACGCGCCCAAGCUGCCCGCGCACGGUUACCCGCUCGAGCACCCCUACAACAAGGACGGCUACCGCUACAUCCUCGCCGAGCCCGACCCGCACGCGCCCUUCCGACAGGAAUUCGACGAGAGCAGCGACUGGGCGGGGAAGCCCAUUCCGGGCUGGCUGUACCGCACCCUGAGCCCCAGCUCGGUGCUGCUGGCGCUGCACGACCGCGCGCCGCAGCUGAGGAUCUCCGAGGACAGGCUGGCCCUCACCGGGGACAAGGGCUACUGCAUGGUGCGGGCCACUCAUGCUGUGAGUAGAGGCACUUGGUAUUGGGAAGCUACAGUGGAGGAAAUGCCUGAGGGAUCUGCUGCAAGACUUGGCUGGGCACAAGAGUAUGCAAAUCUUCAAGCACCUUUAGGUUAUGACAAAUUUGGAUAUUCCUGGAGAUCAAGGAAAGGAACUAGAUUUCAUGAAUGUAGAGGAAAACAUUACAGCUCUGGCUAUGGAGAGGGAGACACCCUGGGCUUCCUUAUUGCUCUGCCAGAAUCAUCAGAUAUAAAACAUAUUCCCCAUACAUACAAGGACAGGCCACUUGUGAAAUUUAAAAGUCACCUGUACUAUGAAGAAAAGGACCGGGUAGCGGAGUCCUUGAAGGAUUUAAAAGUUCUUAACGACAGCAAGAUCAUCUUUUACAAGAAUGGUGUGUGUCAAGGAGUAGCAUUUUCAGACAUUUACGGAGGAGCCUACUUUCCUGCCCUAUCAUUACAUAAAAGUGCAACAGUGUCCGUAAAUUUUGGACCAAACUUCAAGUUUCCUCCUCCAGAUACUCAAUUCAGAGGAAUGCAUGAAAAAGCUGAGGAGGCAAUAUGUGAACAAACUAUGGCUGAUUUGUUGUACCUCACGGAAAAUGAAGGAAAACUUCGACUUGAUACGUUUUGCAUGUAAUUUUUUAUUUUAAAAAAUCUGUAUAUAGGAUCUAUUCAAAGUUGUUUUUGCCAAGUUUUUUUUGAAAAUUUAUAAUCUUUUGCAAUUGUGUUGAGCUGAAAUACUACUGUUGUUCUGCCAUACUCUGCAUUUCAGGAGUUAAUGAAAGUGAAGACAACACAAGAAAUUUUAGAAUUAUUUUCUUAACGUAAAGAGGUUUUCUUUAUUUGUUGCACUGCAGAAAUGUAAAGGCUUUUAAUAAAAAUUCAAUUGCCAAGAAAUGCUUAAUUAAGAAUAAUCAAGUAAAUUUUUGAUUACAAAUUUUCACGUAUGUAAAAAUUUUGUUUUCAUUUUACACCUUAUUUGUUAUUAAAGUCCAUUGUGUAAAUACUUGUACAUUUCAUCCCACAAAUUACACGGAAUUAAUUUUUAGAUCAAUGGUGGGUAUUUGUUUUCUUAAGAAAAAAAUUUUUAGGUCAAAUUUGAUUGUUUUGAAAUUCAUUUGACUUUUUUUGAGUCGUAAAAAAUUAUUUGCAUUUGUACGUUUUAUAUAAUUGACUUCUUUUAAUAAUGAGAUUAUUGACUGCUCAUUGAAAUCAGAGUAAAGCAGAUUGAUCUAGAAGAUAAUCGUGUUGAGUAUAAAAAAAUGUACAUUUAAAAAAAAGGAAUUGAUGUUUAAACCUUUAAUUUUUAUAAAACGAAAAUAAUUUUUGUAAGAAGUAUUUGAUACAGAACAACUGGAACAAAAUUAACAGAAUGAAUGAAAUUGUAAUUAAAGUUCAAAUAAAACAAUUAUGAAUAUGAAAAAUGAAAUAUAAAAAAUGUUUUUUUUUUUAAAUCUGUUAAAGAUUCAACUAAUGAGAAAACAUGGCUGUGCCAAAAUCCUUGAGUCAUUCUAAAACAUUAAGAACCAGCAUGCAAAGGGAAGAAGUGUAGCCCUUCCUUACUGCAAACAGACUAGUGUAGGCUGACUGUGUUUCCUUGUAACAAAAUCAAUACCAG